GUCAAGAAAGAAAAAGGAAUCCACCGCCUGGAAGCCAUGCUCUACGCCCUGGACCGGGUGAACGGGGACCCCAGGGUGCUCCCGAACUUGACCUUGGGCGCUCGCAUCCUGGACACGUGUUCCCGGGACACUUACGCCCUCGAACAAGCCCUCAGCUUUGUUCGCAGCCUCUUACCCCCGGCGGGGGGUGAAGGGAUGUGUCCCGACGGCACCCCGCCUCGCCGCCCUCCCCCCGAAAGAUUAGUGGGGGUGAUCGGCGCUUCGGCCAGUUCCGUUUCCAUCAUGGUGGCCAACGUCCUGCGGCUUUUCGCCAUCCCGCAGAUCAGUUACGCCUCGACGGCGCCGGAGCUGAGCGACCCGGGGCGUUACGAGUAUUUCUCGCGCGUGGUGCCGCCCGACUCGUACCAGGCGCAGGCCAUGGUGGACGUGGUGAGGGCGCUGGGCUGGACGUACGUCUCCACGCUGGCGUCCGAGGGCAACUACGGCGAGAGCGGGGUGGAGGCUUUCGUCCAGAGCUCCCGCGAGGCAGGGGGCCUGUGCAUCGCCCAGUCCAUCAAGAUCCCGCGGGAGCCGCGCCCGGGGGAGUUCGCGAAGGUGAUUGGCCGCCUGAUGGAGACCUCCACCGCGCGCGGCGUCGUGCUCUUCGCCAACGAGGACGACAUCCGGCGGGUGCUGGAGGCCGCGGCCCUGGCCAACCUCUCGGGUCACUUCUCCUGGGUGGGCUCCGACAGCUGGGGGGCCAAGAUGGCGCCCGUGCAGGGGCUGGAGGAAGCCGCCCGCGGCGCCAUCACCAUCCUCCCCAAACGCGCCUCCGUGCCCGGUUUCGACGAGUAUUUCACCUCCCGCUCGCUGGAGAACAACCGCCGCAACCUCUGGUUCCACGAGUUCUGGGAGGACGAUUUCAACUGUCGCCUGACCCACGGCGAGACCCACGGCGAGACCCACGGCGCCCCCGGCACCCCAACGCGCAAGUGCACAGGCCGGGAGCGGAUCGGGCGGGACUCGCCCUACGAGCAGGAGGGGAAGGUGCAGUUCGUCAUCGACGCGGUGCUGGCCAUGGCCCACGGCCUCCACAGCCUCCUGGGGGAGGCCUGUCCCGGGGGGGGCCUCUGCGCCCGCAUGGACCCCCCCGACGGCCGCCGCCUCCUCGCCCACAUCCGCCGCGUCGCCUUCAACGGCAGCGCGGGGACGCCGGUGACCUUCAACGAGAACGGGGACGCGCCGGGGCGCUACGACAUCUUCCAGUUCCAGGGGGGCAACGGCAGCGGCACCUACCGAGCCGUGGGGCAGUGGGUGCAGGGGCUGCGCCUGCAGGCGGACGAGAUGACCUGGGGUUCCAACUCCACCGCCCCACCUCCGUCUGUCUGCAGCCUCCCCUGUGGGCCAGGAGAAAGGACCAAGCCGGUGAAAGGUGUCCCCUGCUGCUGGCACUGCGAGCUCUGCGCCGGCUACCGGUACCGUGCCGACCCCCUCACCUGCCUGCCCUGCCCGCCGCAUCUCCGUCCCACCCCAGACAGGACCUCCUGUCGUCCCACCCCAGUCCUUCGUCUUCGUUGGGGUGAUCCUUGGGCAGCCGUCCCGUUGGCUUUGGCCACUUUGGGUUUGAUGGCCACCGCUUUUGUCUUGGUCACCUUCGUUAAACAUCACGAGACGCCCAUCGUUAAGGCGUCGGGGCGGGAGUUGAGUUACGUCCUCUUGGUGGGGAUCGCUUUGGUUUACGCCAUCACCUUCAUCAUGGUGGCCGAACCCGGGGUGGGCGUCUGCACCCUCCGGCGCCUCUUCUUGGGUUUGGGGAUGAGCCUCACCUACGCCGCGCUCCUCACCAAGACCAACAGGAUCUACAGGAUCUUCGAGCAGGGCAAACGCUCGGUCACUCCGCCCCGGUUCAUCAGCCCCACCUCCCAGCUGGUCAUCACCUUCUCCUUGAGCGGCCUCCAGCUUUUCGCCGUCAUCAUCUGGCUCUUCCUCCGCCCUCCUCACGCUUUGGUCGACUACGAGAUGGGACGGACGCCCGACCCGGAAGACGCUCGCGGCGUCCUGAGGUGCGACAUGGCGGAAGGCGGGACCUUGGCCUGCUUGGCCUACGCUCUUCUCCUCAUGUUGACCUGCACCGUCUACGCCGUCAAGGCCCGCGGCGUCCCCGAGACCUUCAACGAGGCCAAGCCCAUCGGCUUCGCCAUGUACACCACCUGCGUCGUCUGGUUGGCCUUCGGGCCCAUCUUCUUCGGGGCCGCCCAAUCGGCCGACAGGGUGCACGUGCAGACGGCGACGCUGACGGUGUCCAUGAGCCUCUCGGCCUCGGUGCCCCUGGGGCUGCUCUACGCCCCCAAGGUUUACGUCGUGCUGCUGCACCCCGAGAGGAACCAGCCCCGGCGGCCCCGCCCUGACCCCGCCCCCUGA